AUGCCUUCUAUUGUGUUUAUUAUUUUAUUUAUUUCCACGUCUAAAGCAAUUUUAAAUACAACAAAUGAUUAUGUUGUUUUUACAACUGAAGGAGAUUUAAACGAGACUGACUUUAUCAACAAUUUUGACUUGUUGGAUACUUUAACUUUCCUCGAUUUUGAUACAAAAGAAAAUAUUUCUAAAGAACAUUUAAUUUUGAAAAACAUUCAAAACAAAAAUGAAGUAAAUGAGACAAAUACGGAAGAAAACACGACAGACUUUUCUGAAGAAGACAAUGCUUUUGACAAUAAGAAAAGUGAUUCAGGAACAGAAAAUACAACAAAUGAGAGUGUUCCUGGAAAUGACACUAAUUCUGAGGAAGACAAUGCAUUUACUACUCCAAAAAUUAAAAAUUGUGUUCCUCGUUCUAUUUGCUACAAAGAUAAAGAUUGUGGUGAAAAGAAUGAAAAGACAAAUUCACGUCCCCGCUGUCUGGGAAUUUUUCCGGGAACUUGUGACUGCACUGCUUGUAUUAGUGGACUUCAUUGUUUGAAUCAAACUUCCUGUGGUGGACUUUACAAUUCUUGUGAAAAUGAGACUGGUAUUUGUAAAUGUAUUGAAGCUCAUAAACUUAAUGGUUUUGCAAAUUAUGGAGAAGCAUUACUUAAAUUUUGUAAUAAGCAGAAAUGUAAUGGAGAAUUGGAUACUUGUUUUGGACUUCCAUGCAGACGCGGCCGGUGUUUUUGUUAUUAA